AUGGUCCCUGUGAUGGGGGAUGCCGCCUGCUGGGUCCUGCUCGGGCUCUCCCUGCUCCCCAUCGCCGUCCUGGGCUCGCAGGACGAGGGGAAGGUGAUCCACAUCACCAGGGUGCAGCACCAGGCGGUUCGCGUGGGGCUGGGCGAGCCCGUGACGCUGCCCUGCCUCUUCCUCCUGCACCCCUCCGCCUCCCUGGGGCCCAACGAGCCCCCGGAGCCUCCCCGCGUCAAAUGGAGCAAGGUGCGCUCGGCCACCGGCCAGCGGGAGGACGUGCCCAUCCUGGUGGCCAAGGAGAACGCGGUGAAGGUGGUCAAAGCCUACGAGGGCCGAGUGGCGCUGCCCGGCUACGGCCGUGACCGCUCCAACGCCACGCUGCAGCUGCGGGCGGCCCGUGCCAGCGACGCGGGGCUCUACCGCUGCGAGGUGGUGGCCGGCAUCGACGACGAGCAGGACCUGCUGCCGCUGGAGGUGACGGGCGUUGUGUUCCACUACCGGCCCGCGGGCGAGCGCUACGCGCUGAGCUUCCCCGCCGCCCGCCGCGCCUGCCGCGACAACUCCGCCGUCAUCGCCUCCCCCCAGCACCUCCAGGCCGCCUUCGAGGACGGCUACGACAACUGCGACGCGGGCUGGCUCAGCGACCAGAGCGUGCGGUACCCCAUCACCCUGUCCCGGCCCGGCUGCUACGGAGACCGCGAGAGCCUCCCCGGCGUGCGCAGCUACGGCCGCAGGGAGCCCGCCGAGCUCUACGACGUCUACUGCUACUCCCGGGAGCUGCGAGGGACCGUGUUCUACGCCACGGUGCCCGGCCGCUUCACCUGGCAGGGCGCCCGCAGGCACUGCCGGAGCCGCGGGGCAUCGCUGGCCACCACGGGCCAGCUCUACCUGGCGUGGCGACAGGGGCUGGACCAGUGCGACCCGGGCUGGCUGGCCGAUGGCAGCGUGCGCUAUCCCAUCCGGCAGCCGCGCAGGAAGUGCGGGGGCGAGGCCCCGGGGGUGCGGACCCUCUACCAGUUCCCAAACCGCACCGGCUUCCCCCCCGCAGCCUCCAAAUUCGACGCUUACUGCUAUAAAGCCGCGGGGCACGGGGACACGGAGCAGCCGGUGCUGCCGGUGCCACCCACGCCCGACCCGCCGGGCAGCGACAACGUGCUGGUGGAGCACAGCGAGGACCCGGGCACAUCGGGGGACACCCGCGACAUCCCCCGCGAUCGCUACGACCUGCUGCCCCCGCCGGGGCCCGCGGGGCUGGGCGAGGAUGAGGAUGAGGACGAGCAGCUGCGGCCGGCCAGCGGCAGCCCGGUGGCACAGCGCGGGGACCUCCCGGGCACUGCCCUGCCACCGGCACCGGUGGCUCCGGGGCUGGGGACGGGCAGUGGGACAUCCCCGCCGGCCACCGCGGCCACCUCGCUGGCGUGGCCGCACGAGGAGGAGGCUCUGAACGCGGUGGAUGCCGAGAGCUCCCGGCGGGAUCCUCCCAGCGCCAGCCCGGACCCCGGAGACCCUGAGGGACCCCCGGCCACCCCCCGGUCACCUCCCCAAAGGCCAGCCCUGGAGCACAGCGCCGGCUCGUCCUUGUCACCGCCUGGGCUGGGGAUGUCCCCGGAGACCCCCAGCGCGCCCCCGGAGACCCCCAGCCCCCCGAGGCGGAGCUACCCCGGGCUCAACGGGCGCCACUUCCAGCUUCAGCGGCACAGCCGGGACCCCGCGGUGGCAGCCGGGGACACCACGGAGUCUGGAGACCCCGCGGUGACAGCGGGGGUUGUCACCCAGGACCCCGUGCUGGCGCAGGAGCUGAAGGGAGCCGCGGCCAACGCCGUGGAGCUGUGGAGCCCCCCCCGAGCCGGCAGCGAGGGUCCCCACGCGUCCCCCAACGCGCUGGACGAGGACAUCAGCCCCGAGCUCGUGGCCCCGGUCACCGAGCCGGUGUCUCUCUCGCCGGCCCCGAGGGAUUCAGAGAUCCCCGCGGGGACCCCCCCCGUGCCGUCCCCGUCCCCCGCCACUCCCCGCGACGCUCGGGGCCACCGGGACAUCACCAGCGCCCGCGGGGACUCCCCGAGGCCACCCGAGGAUGCCACCGAGGGCUUCUCCGGGGACACUCCGUCCCAGGAGGGCGGUGGCUCCGUGCCCCCGCUGCCCCCGCUGCCCCCCGCCCCGCUGGUGGCCGAGGGUCCCGAGCUGUCCCCGCAGCCCCGCGGGGACGGCAGCGGGGCCCCGGGGGACGGCGCGCUGGAGAGGCAGAGGAAGGAGGUGACAUUCCUGCAGCCAGAAGGCCCCUCCGAGGGACACCCUGCCACCCCCGGCCACACCGAGGGGGCUUCUCCCGGGCCCCGGGGCCGCUCCGGCCCCACGGCUCCCCACGGGGCGGCCGAGCCCAGCCCGGAGCAGCCGGAGGAGUUCAGGGAUGUUGGGAACGGCGCGGCCGAGCCCAGCAGCGAACCAGCCGCGUCCCCCCCGGCCUGGGAUGUCCCCUCACCGUCCCCUUCCCCCACGGCCACCGAGGCGCUGCUGUGGGCCAGCAAGGAGCGGCCGGAGGAGCCGGAGCCGGUGGCCGAGGAGGGGUCCACAGGCUUCUCUCCCCCCGACCCGCAGCCCACCCAGCGCUCCGAGCCAGAGCCGGGGGCGGCCGAGCAGCUCCUCCUGUCCCCCCCGGGCCCCCGGCAGCCCCCCGCGGCCGGAGGAGCCGGAGCCGGCCCCCCAACUGUCCCCGGACACGAGGAUGCUCCAGCAGCCCCCGGCGAGGAGGACGCCUCCGGGGAGGCCAAGAGGGAGGACCCCCCCACGCCCCUCGGCUCGGCCACCCGCGGGCCCUGGCCGUCCCCCAGUGUCCCCCAGCCCGGGUGGACAGAGCCCGCCGGGUCCCCGAGCUCCGGGCUGCUCCUGGAGCCCUCCGCUGAGCCAGAGCUGGGGGGCCCGGGUGGGUCCCCGCUGCUGGAUACCGACAGCGGCAGCGGGGAGGAGCCGGCGCUGGACGAGCGGGAGCUGCUGGCCUGGGUGGGCACCGGCAACGCCAGCGGGCACGCGCCGCCGGACCCGUGCCGGAACAACCCGUGCCUGCACGGCGGGACGAGCCGCGCCAACGGCACCGUGUGCGGCUGCAGCUGCGCCCCGGGCUUCACCGGCGAGAACUGCGAGAUCGACAUCGACGACUGCCUGUCCAGCCCGUGCCAGAACGGCGGCACCUGCAUCGACGAGGUCAAUUCCUUCGUGUGCCUCUGCCUGCCCAGCUACGGCGGCAGCCGCUGCGAGAAAGACACGGAGGGCUGUGACCACAACUGGCACAAGUUCCAGGGCCACUGCUACCGCUACUUCGCCCGCCGGCGCUCCUGGGAGGACGCGGAGCGCGACUGUCGCCGCCGGGCCGGGCACCUCACCAGCAUCCACUCGCAGGAGGAGCACGCCUUCAUCAACGGCUUCGGCCACGAGAACACCUGGAUCGGCCUCAACGACCGCAUCGUGGAGCAGGACUUCCAGUGGACAGACAACACCGGCUUGCAAUAUGAGAACUGGCGGGAGAACCAGCCCGACAACUUCUUCGCGGGCGGCGAGGACUGCGUGGUGCUCGUGUCCCACGAGAUCGGCAAGUGGAACGACGUGCCCUGCAACUACAACCUGCCCUACAUCUGCAAGAAAGGCACAGUGCUGUGCGGGCCCCCCCCGGAGGUGCCGAACGCUUUCCCGGUGGGGAAGAGGAAGGAGAAGUACAACAUCCACUCCAGCGUGCGCUACCAGUGCCACGAGGGCUUCACCCAGCGCCACGUGCCCACCAUCAAGUGCCACAGCACCGGCAAGUGGGACCGGCCCAAAAUCCUCUGCACAAAACGCGGUCGCACCGAGCGCGGCGGCACCGGCGGCACCGGCACAGCCACCCGCACCACCAGCACCACCACCACAAACCCCGCAAGGAGCGGCGAAAACACCGCCAGCACCUCCGGCUGGACUGGAUGGAGGAGGGCCACUACUUCUAGAGCCGGGCGAGCACAAAGGGGGACGUGGUGGCGUCCCCCGCCCCUGUCCCAGCCCCUCCCCGACCCCCUUUUUUAGCCCCCUUUUGGCUUUAGCUCCUUAGGAUGCCCGGCCCCGUAGGGAAUAGGAUCCGGAGGGGGCGGCUGCGUGUGCGUCCCCAGCCCUCCCUGCAUGUCCCACGCUCAGCCCCCCGGCCCGGGCUGGAGCCCCCAGCCCCGCACAGGGACCCCCCCAAGCUGGGCUCUGUCCCUGUCCCCAAAUCGGGGGGUGAAUCAGGCAGCCCCCCCUGUCCCACCUGGGGUGGCUCUGGUUUUUUAGCAGCCCCCCCUCCCCAUUUCCCUGCCCCAGCACCCCGGGGCGUCCCCGCGGUGGGCACGGGGUGGGGCGGGGGGGGAACACGGUGGCUGCGGGGCCACUGUCCCGCCCCGCGCCUGCUUUGGGGGUGCUCGGUUUGGUUCUGUCCCCUUUCCGUUCGUUUCGGGUCCCCGUUGGAGUUGGCGUGCG